UACGGACGAUUCACCAUCUGCUGCUGGUCAGCAGGGACUCAGAGACACAAUGUCCCAUGAGUGGCUGAAAGCAUUCCCAGUGGACAUACUGGCUCUGUGGUGGGGGAGAGAUGAACACCGCUAGCUGCUACAGGUCCUAUUUAAACCCGGAGAAGAGACCUGGUCAGAGAGAAUUCCAGCUCCUGAUGACCAACAUCAUCACCGAUAUUUGCUAAGUUCUUGUUUUAAAGGAUUUUUGUUGCAUUUUGAGCAGAAUUUAUCUUUCCGUUUGUUCCAAUACUCAAAGCUUAUUCCCAGUUAUGACAUCGAUGACAUCAUCCAGCCAAAGAUCUUCAUCCUCAUUCUCUUCAUCCCGUUUUAGCACCUCCAGCUCCUAUAAAUCUGAAGGUUCUCUUAAUGGAUCAUCUGAUUCUCUUGACGUCCUCCUGGAGCCCUUCAUGGACUCGUCCAGCUGCUCUGGUCCGUUUGGAGAAGAGAACGCAACAGCAGCCACCCAUCUGUCCCCCUUCAACAGAAACAGCAGGGCCUCCUAUGGACAUGCAGCUCCUGUAGGUGGCGCUGUGUCAGCCUGGCACACUGCGGCAGGGAGCGGGGGUAACUGUCUGAACGACACUUACUACACUUCAGCUGACGUAAGCCAGUUUGAGCCCCAUGACAUUGUGGUUAUGGCAUUCAAUCACCAAGUCAUUAUCCAAGCCCAGAAGGUUCUGGAAGAUGGGAGUGUCAUUGACUCAUUUACCCACAAGUCCCAGUUCCCAGAGGACAUGGAUCCCCUGUCAGUCAGUGGGAACCUUAGCUGCGACGGGACAUUGUUGGUGGGCGUUCGUCGGACCGCGGAAGCGAGCGGACCAGAACUACUGGGUGUCUCCACCUACAGGACCCAGGCUCAUCUUUGACUUGAAACUUCACGUGUGAAAGAAAAUACUUCAACAUAAUGUUUCUGUUUUAUUGUUGCAUUAGAUUUACUGUUGGAAUGAAAAAAAAAACUUUAACACAGAAGAAAAACUCAUCAUGCAGCAAACAGGUGAAACCGGAAAACUGAGGAUAUGAUGCAAAUGUAAAUUCAUCUCAGUAAUUCAACUUAGACUGAGAGACCAUCUAAAGGCACAGGAACCCUCUGCAGGCAUUCUGGAUUUAUCAGCUGAUCAGAGUGUGAAACUUUGAGUCUAGAAUAUUUAACAUUUUUACAAUAUCCUAAUUGUCUGAGAUUCUGAAUGUGAGGUUUUCAUCAGCUGUACGCCAUAAUCAUCACAGUUAUGACAAACAAAGGCUAAAAGAUCUGGAUUUGUAUGGAAUGAGUCUGUCUCAAGUUCUAACUUUUAAGUUGAAUUACUGACAUAAAUUAACUUUUACAUCAUGUUCAAGUGUUUCCAGUUUCACCUGCAUGGCUGAAACAAAAACAAAGUUAAAUUUUUAAGAAACUAUGUUUCGUUUUAACAUGCAUGAUAUGAAAAUAUCCUCGAUCAUCUUCUAACGUUUGAUCCACAUGUCAGUGGUUUCCCACCAAACAACCACCGUUGCAUCCACUUGCAGAUCAAAUCCACAUUGAGUCCAUCAGACUAGACAAAUCCUAGACUUUAGCUGGACGUGCAAAGCAGGUUCAUUAUCUGUAUGUCUCACUACGACCCCAAUUGGACGUCAGUAUAACGUGGAACAUGUGGAUCUUGGGUUGGGUAACUUUUUUGAACGUCUUUAACAGGAACAAGAAAUAUCAUAAAAAUAUUGUUGCUCUCUGCUCAAAGACGUCGUAGUGACGUCAUAUCCAGGUCAUUUCCCUCACCUUCAUUUUUUUGGUCCACUGAAGGUGCAGACUGUGACACCAGAGGACACCUUGGUUUGAACAUUCCUUGGGACGUCCACAUAUGAGCUAAUUCUGGUUCAAGGGAGGUCGUUGUGGACUUCUUUCUACAAAAUGUUGUCACUUGCCUUUUUAAACAUAUUUUAUACUGCCAUUAAUAUGAAAUAGAAACAAAUUAGAUUAAUAAUUUGAAUAAACUGAAGUAUUGCAUCCAUCCAUCCAUCCAUCCAACAAAGCACUGGAUAUGUGGUGGAGCCUCUCAAGAAUAUUACUAAUGUUAAAUUAAGCACAUGAUCAGCAGGUGUGUGUGCGUGGUAAUUAAAAACAUUGAAUCAAA